CAUGGAUUCUUCACCACCACGGCCAUGGCAGCUAGUCCAAUUGACGAGUCGGUCUUCCGUCAAGCCUUGGACAAAUUUCGAAGUAGCCUGACUGCAGCUGAAGAUCAGGACUUUCAGUUGACGACGGCGGACGACUUGAGAGAUGCAAUUGCAAAGCUUCAAAAUAAGCAAAUGUCGGAGAGGAAGAUGCGAAAUUUUAAUCGCCUUCGGGACUUUGUCGAGAGAAUGGAACAGUUCGGCACGGUUGUCGAGGUUUUCCUCAACGCAUCUAUGUUUGUGGCCUAUAUCUGGGGUCCCAUUAAAUUUCUUUUAUUAAUUGCCAGCUCCUACACAGCUGCUUUCGAUGCCUUGCUCGAGAUGUACGAAGAUAUGGCGGUGAAUCUUCCCAUGUUGAAGCAGUACCAGACUCUCUUCCAGGACAAUCCACACAUGCGGACAAUUCUUCACAUGGUUUAUGGCGACAUUCUCAAAUUUCACAAGAAGGCUCUGAAAUUUUUCAAGCAAAAGGUCUGGAGACAGAUAUUCCAAGCGACCUGGAAGAAUUUACGUACAAAGUUCUCCCGUAUAAUUGAAAAUUUCCAGUCUCACAAGUUGCUACUGGAGAGCCAGGCAAACCUUCUUCAGUUUGCGGAGUUCCGGAGAUCCCAGGCGGAUGCACAGGACCGAUAUCGCUCUCGUAAGGAAGAUGAGAAUCGGAAGAAGCGAAUUGUUAUACGAGACUGGCUGAGUGCUGCCAGCUCUGCAGAUGACCAGGAGAAGUACAAAAUGGAGCGAUUUGAGUAUCCAGGUACAGGGAGCUGGAUACUGAAGAAUAACUAUAUUCGUACCUGGUGUGAUCCGACUAUUUCAUGCACGUCACUGCUGUGGUUGACCGGUAUUCCCGGGGCGGGGAAGACAAUUCUAGCAUCACUACUUGUAGAAGAGCUGCAAAAGACCCCAUCGACAUGCGUCCUCUUCUUCUACUGUAAACAUGGGGACCAGGAACGAAACUCCUUCAUUUCGAUUGCGCGAAGUCUUCUUGGGCAGCUGCUCAGAUACAACAAGGAUUUACUUCCAUACUUUUAUAACUCUGCUGUAGAAAGCGAUACAAAGACUCUCACUUCGAUAUCUGUGGCGCAAAGCAUGUUAAGUGUCGCCUUUAAAAGCAGACCACGCAUCUUUAUUGUUCUUGAUGGUAUCGACGAAUGCGAUCCGGAUGAAAUUAAGAAGAUCAUCCCAUGGUUCCAGAAGGAAGUAGAAUCCAUCAACGAGAAUGGCUCUGAAGGUAUUCGCUGUCUCUUUAUUAGCCAGGAUGAUCAAAUUUGUCGCAGAUUUCUUAAACACACACCCACUGUCAAGAUAUCGAGCGACGACAAUGCUGCAGACAUCAAGUUCUACUGCGACAAGCUCAGCGAGUCCUGGAUAGAUACAUUCGGAAUUUUAGAUGACGAACGGAAAGCUGUGGUAGCAUCUGUCGUGGACCAUGCCGAUGGGAUGUUUCUAUUCGCGAGACUGGUCAUGCACAACCUCUCCAAUCAGGCGUCACGAGCAGAUUUCAGUCUGGAGACUAGUUUGGAGAUAUUCCCUCGUGGAUUAGAUGAAGCUUAUGGCCGUAUUAUCACACGAAUUCUAAGGAAAGACAGCGACGCAGACACCAAGUAUACCAGUAAGCUGCUGGGAUGGCUGGUGUGUGCAAAACGUCCACUAAAAUGGCACGAGAUCCAAGGUGCUAUUGCGAUAGACCUGGAAACACAAACUAUCGACUUUGAAAAGCGCAAGUUAAGGGUGGACUCGAAGCAUCUGUGUGGUUCUCUGGUGGAAAUCCGUGCAGGAGGGACCAUUGAACUCGUUCACACCACAGCCAAACUGUACCUUGUCAAGCAAGACUAUGUACUGGAAAGCAAAGAAGCGUACGAUCUGUGCCAGCUCUGCCUAGGAUAUCUUAACCAUCCUUGCAUCAACAGUAAACUAGACGGGGAUGUGUUGAAACAAUACGUCUUGGACGGUCAUUAUGCAUUUAUCGACUACGCCAUCGUCAAUUGGAUACACCAUUUGGAAGACUGCAUGAGACACAUUAAAACAUACGACUCGAAAUCAUUCAAGCGGCUCGCUGACGAAGUACAAAGGUUCCUCGAUCACCAUUCCUCAGAGGAGGAUCUCGACUAUCCUGUGUCAAGGGAAACGAAAAGCAAACUGCAACCAUUCAAGAAUGAAAGUUUCUAUGCCAAAUUGUUGCGGACUUUUGAGUAUUGGAAAAACGAAACGGAAACCGCAGCCAAGCGUUCGGACGAUUGCUAUCUGGUGGAUCUAAAGCUAGCCCUAGAAGCUAUUCGGUGCACGGUUGAAGAUCUGGUCCUGCAGCAUCGAUUGCAAGCAUUUUAUGGAGAGGGAAUAUUCAAGUGCUCCCGUCUCUACUGUAAAUUCUUCUAUGAAGGAUUUGAAUCCCUCAAGAUGCGCAUACAGCACGAUCAACAACAUGAGCGCUCGUUUCUCUGCAUGUUUCCCACUUGCCCGGCUUCACAACUAGGAUUCGCCACUAAGAAUGAGCUUGCUGCACAUAUCACCAAAUGGCACCAACUCUCCGCAUCAGGCGAUACUGAGUUUCCGAUCUAUCAAGAUCCCACAUCCAUUGAUGUGUGGCAUGCCAGCGCCACUGGUAAUGUGGCAGCUGUCGAGCGCUGGACUGAGCAAUUCACAACACAGGAGCUAUUCGACCGAGUCGUCGGGAAGAGGGACUUGUGGAAAAGAUAUCUACAGGAUAGUCCCUUGGGCAUUGCUAUUGCAAAACAACACUACGCUAUAGUAAAACUACUUCUUGAAAAGACUCUAGAUCCCGGGAAAUAUGUUUAUCAAGUCAUUGAAACGGCAUGUUUAAGUAGGAAAUAUUCGAUUCUUAAGUCUGUACUUCAAAUUCCGAGAGUAAAGGAUACUUCAAACGAACCUGCGCUAGAAAGACAUGUCUCGACUCUUCUAGCUCGUCAUGAAGAUAGCCUAGCUCGAUGCCUAUUAGAAUAUAUCUACAGUGAUGGGUCAAUCUCAACGCAAAAGCCGAUCAGCGUGGCGAGCCGUUAUGGAUGCUUGUCUACGCUUCAGUAUCUUGUCGAAAAUGGACAGGAUCCUAACAUACCUGACCCGAAAACUAGACUGAAUGCCCUCGGUACGGCUGCAAAGUAUGGACACAUCAAAGUUGUGGAGUUUUUGAUUGACCACCAGUUAUGCAUCGUUGACAUAGCCUUUCCACAGGUGGAAGAGGCUCUGCACGAAGCUGCAAGGAGCGGGCAUGAGGAUAUUAUCCGCAUCAUGUUUCCAGAAUCUCCACAUCAUACAUCUGUGCAAAGUGCUCUAAAAAUUGCACAGCUGCGGAAUGCGGCAUGCCAUGGAAAUGCAGAAAUCGUUCAACACCUUCUCGAAGACGACGAAUUGCCGCUUACCCGUCGUGAUGCCGACGACUUCACGCCCUUAUUACACGCAGUGAAAAAUGGCCACUUGUCCGUAGCUUCACUUUUACUUAAUUCGGGGCGUGAUGCAGGAAUCAAUAUGACAUGCAAUUUUCGGUAUCUGAGAAGGAAUCAUAACGGGUGGACAGCCUUGCUGCUAGCUACACUCCAUGGACAUCUUGCAAUUGUUAAACGACUCCUCCAAUGCGAAGGUAUCGAUAUUGAAGUAGAGGUAUACGUAAACUGGCAAUUGGGCCGUAUGCAUAGGUAUAGAAACGCUCUUCAAAUUGCAAAAUGGAAGAAUUACACAGAAAUCGUGGAUGCUAUCCAGGAAUACAAAGCCACUCAUCCACACCCUACUCAGACUGAGGCUAAGAGUCCAGAUCCAUACCGAAUACAUGAAGUUCAGAGUCCAACGAACGUACCCAACGAUAACCCAUGGAUUGACUCGGGAACGCCUACCUGGGACCCGGCAACACCUGGUAAUAAUACGCUAGAAGUGAGCCCAAGUAUAGGUGAAGACCAAGAUACAGCUUAUGCAGCUACAUCACCCUCCGAAUUCACCUCGGCCUCUACCCCAUCUCCCGACGAUAUCGAUUAUACUCAACCUCUCGAGGAUGGUUAUUUUAACCCAAGUUAGCUAGAAUGGGGGGGAUUCAACACCACUGUCGUCUUUAGUUUGCCAAAUGCCAACUCAGAUAUGUACUAGAGUUCAUAAGAUGUUAGCGGCAAAGUCCGGAGUAUUUAUAUAUCUAUAUAUAUUCACGUCCCGACCUUGGGUUCCUCUGCAAUUAGUUUGUGUAAAUGAG